AACGCCCGUAAACCUAGUGUUAACCCUCGGUCCCUAUGGUGGGGUUCAGGUGAACCCCAACGCCAUUUUUAGGUUUGUGCGCAUGCGUUAAUCGCGUCUGAUGUUCUUUCCAUCUUCAGUACCUGCUCUCUCAGUAUCCACCGAGCUGUCAGCGUGAGAAGGAGUUCAGAUAAGAAUGGACUGGUUCAUUACAGAUGAAGAAAUCAGGGCGGAGGUAGAGAGGUUGAACGCCGAAGAUUUAUGGAGUGACGAUGAGGACGACAAUCGACGACCAGUGGGAAGGGAUGAGAGUACUUUGUUACAAGAAAUUUGCAGUGAUGAUGAGGAUAAUUUAUUAGAAAAUGAUGACAACCAAGACGACGAGUUUGAAGUUUUGGUAGAAGAUGAAGUUCCUCAACCUGAUUUACAUUCUGAUACUGGCGACAGAAAUUUUAUUCUCGGUAAAGACGAAGAAACUAUUUGGACUGAUACUCCUCUACUGCCCAACAGGAGCAGCAGAGUACCAGCAAGAAACUUGAUUACACAUUUACCAGGAGCCAAAGGAACAGCUCGCACCGCUGAAAAUGAGUUGGAUUUUUUUAUGCUUUUCAUCACUAAUGAAAUGGUUGAGAAAAUUGUGCUCCACACGAACGUGAAAAUUGCUGAAAUGGCAGAAAACUAUACUACCCCACAAUCAUUCACAGUACCAACAAAUGAAAGAGAAUUGAAAGCUCUGUUCGGUUUGUUGUUCUUUAGUGGAGUAUUGAGAAAAUCAAACCUUAAACUUGAUGAUCUAUACUCCCGUAAAUAUGGACCACCGAUCUUUCGAGCUGUGAUGUCAAAACAGCGAUUAGAAUUUCUACUAUCUUCACUGAGAUUUGACUCGAUUACUACUCGUGUAGAGAGAAAUAAAACUGAUAAGUUUGCAGCCUUUCGAGAAAUAUGGGACGAAUUUGAAUUGACAACAUUUCAGCUACUUUGA